UUGUGGUGUCGUAGUCGAGUUGAAUGUUCUUCAUCAAUUUUCGUCUAUUUUACAUGGAAGUAUUACUUUUUGUUGUGAUUUGAAAAGUAUUCAAAACAAUUAAAAUUUUUCAAAGUUGUUUUAUUGCCGCAUAAAAUAUGGAGCAGGACGUUGAUAAUGACUACAGGACGGUGUGCAGCACAUGCUUGAGCAGCGACCGCGAUCUAUUUUCGCUGAAUGAUAUGCCUCAAAUACACCACAUUUUUUGUUUGCUGAUGACCGAUUUCGCGGGCGACAGGUACGGAGAUCCUGACCCAAUGUUGGAAGUGUCCCAGUACGUCUGCUGGGAAUGCGUUGCACACAUGAAGCGCUUCUCAAAGUUCAAGAAUCAGGUCCAGAACGCACAGGAUCACCUCCGUGUGCUUGCUAUGAGCAGGUCACAAGAGAGCAUGGACCACACAUACAUGUCCCAAUCUCUAUCGUGUCUAGAAGUCAGCACCAAAUGUGAUUACGACAAGAUAUACUUCGACUACGCUCAAGAACCCUGGCCCAAUGAGAGCAUACUCCCUGUGGUGGAAGCGGUCAAGAGCGAGGAUCAUGACAUCUGGCGGAACAACAUCAAUUUGAACAUCGACACUCAGAUUUUAGAAGUACCAGAGAUCGUUUUAGAGAAUCCGGUGACCGGUGUGAUGUCACACAUAGUUGUCAACACGGAUGCUCUAAUAGCACCUUCAGCCACGUACACCGAAGUGAAAGACAUUGCCAAUUUGGAAACACCGGUCAUAGAAGUGAAACCGCAGAAGAAAAGUGAUCCGAAGUGCAGCUAUACUACGGACUACAUGUCGGAAACUGAAAUGCUGGAACUGAGAGAGGAAUCGAAGCAGAAACUCCAGUAUGCCAGUUCGGUGUACAAAUGCGAACUUUGUAUAAUCGGUUUCUACACACAACAGCAAGUGGAGGACCAUUUUGUCAGCGACCACAGAGCUAAACCCGGCAAAUCCUGCUGCAAAGUGUGCUACGUGUACAUAGACGAUGCAUCGCUAGCGGAGCACACUGCGUCGCACUACGCGCGCUACACUUGCAAGCUAUGCGCCCACACUUGUCAUAGCGUCAAACAGAUGACGCUACACUCCAAUAUGCACGCGGGGAAGACGCUCAGAGGCGUCAUCGGCAUCACUAAAACUAAGGACAAGAAAACUAAAACAGAAGAAAGCAAACCGCCGCCGAAAGCGGGAGAUCUCAGGAAACUACUCUCCAAAACUACUAUAGAAGGCUACCAAUGCCUUGAGUGCGACAUGUUUUUCAAGAAUUCUAGGGCAAGGAAAAACCACGUGGCACGUUUUCAUAGAGAGGGGCUGCAGUGCGACCAUUGUAAGAAGAGAUUUGUCAACAGAACCACACUCACUACGCAUCUAAAACUCCACGAAGGCCCGCUACCUCGCAAGGAGUGCCACAUCUGUCACAAAAUGGUGCGGGUCAUCCAACUCAAGUACCACGUCCAGAGGCACGAAAACAAGAAUAGAUACGAGUGUUCCGACUGCAAUAAAGUGUUCUCUCAUCUCGCUACGUACCAAGCGCAUCUGAAAUACAGCCGAGCACACGCGUCCGAAGAUGUGUUCAAGUUUCCCUGUCCAAUGUGCAACAAGGGCUAUCCGACCAAAGAGGCAAUGCAGGACCACUUCAACUACCAACACCUGGGCAAGACGGCCCAUAAGUGUCCCGUGUGUGAAAAGCCGCUAGCGUCUCGGGCGAACGUAGAAAAACACAUGAUGCGGGUACACGGAAAGAAGAAAGAGAAACCACGGAACCACGUCUGCCAUGUUUGCAAGAAAGGGUUCACGGAUAAAAAGGCACUAAACCAGCAUCUGGUGAUACAUUCAGGCGACAGGCCGCUCGCUUGCGAUGUCUGCCAGCAAACGUUCAAACACAAAGCUUCUUUGUACACACACAGAAAACGCGUGCACAAAGUGUUCCCUACUCGUCCUGCUAUAGAAUACAUGGAAACCAAACCUCAACAGGCCACAUGACCCACGGAGAAUGAGCCAGACUUGGUCUUCGAACUAGAUAUUUUAUGAUCACCUCAACACCCAGUACCUCUAGCAUGAACAACUUUCGUCUUCGAAUCGUUUGCGUAUUCGACAAAAUCGAUACUCAACCUCAACGAUAACGUGACAAUUUUGAUUCUCUAAAUAAGUUUCGUUCAACCAUUUCUCAUACUAAGUUCACUUUACGACACGUUCGCAAGGGCGCUGUUGGAGUUUUCGUACUAAAUCUUUUGAUGGCGAUUCGAGCAUGCAAACGAUUCGAACUCGAAAGUUUUUCGUGCUAGCCGUACAGAUAUUAUGUGGACAAGGUGUAGAAAUAAUGUAGACUUCAAAAACCUUUUUUUUUCUUUAGAUGACCACAUAUUGGGUUCUUUACGCAUCACAGUAUUUUAAAGAACUUGAGUCAUUACUGGUUACUGUCAAAACUCAUAAUCGGUCAAAACCACUUUUGACUCAAAAAAUCAGUCAUAAGUGAUAUUGUUUGACUUUUGACUGAUUUUUGCAGUCAAGUUUAUGAGUUUUUACUGCAACAUCAACACCUAAUUAUCCUAUGGAGUACCUAAUCGUUCUAUCGAAAUGACCCUUGUGAUCCGUAUUCACAAGGGUCAUUUAGAACUGUUUUUCAAUGGGACGACUUCUGAACGUCAGCGAGAUCUUGACUGUCAAAAUACAUGAAUUAGGCCACAUUCUGACUAUUUGUUAAUAUUAAAAUCUCACUUCCUCAUCAAAAUAUUAAUGAUGUGCUGACCUGAAAAGUAUUUUAUAUAAGUAAAUGGUUAUUAAUGUUGAAAUAAAAACAAAUGUAUUUAAUAAUGUUGUACUUUAAACAAUAGACCGAUCAUGUAUUCAUUAAACUUUACUUUAAAUGUUAAUAAAAUAACAUACAAUUUAUAAAAUAGUUAUACCUAUGUAUAAAAAAACUUAACGUGUGAUAUGUAAGAAUGUUAAAAGCAAUAUUUUAUAUUAAAUACGAUUAAAAUAAUUAAAUAUUUUAUUUAUUUAAAUAUCGCACACUUAGUUAAAAAGUAGCAUAACUCAAAAAACCCAUUUUUACAGGAACAGCUAAUAGUUCACGUAUCUUUUAGACGCGAUCGCAAUAGCUCGAUUUUGGAUUAUUUAAGUUGUGCUACCCUUGAUCUAGGUGUGCGAUAAGACCCAAAAUAUAGCAAUAGCAAGUUAGUGGUAGUGGGUCAUGGACACCGAUAAGUAAAGUGCAGACCUUCUGCUGGUUUAAAGACUUAAUGAGGGAGACUGCUCGAUGGACUGACGACCUCAAGAAGAUAGGGAAACGGUCUACAUAAGUACUUGUAAAGAAUUUGAAUAGGUACUAUUAGGUUGUAGAGGAGAAUAAUCAAAAGGCAGUAUAAUCAGUUAGUCCAUAUAAUAAAAUGUGUUCAUUACAUUUCACACUUAAAAUUAUUAUACGAUACACAUACUGACAGACAGACAAACAUUAUAAUGUGACAAUAUUAGCACCCAUUGACAAUAUUUCAUCAACUUUACAUCAACUAUAUUGGAAUUUCUACAGUUCUUGUAGCUCAGCUUCCAAGAAAACUAACUUUUAUUUGAUAGAAUCAGAUUUGAGCCAUGUCAGACACCCGUAACGAUUCAGAAUAUCUGACAAAAGGUUUGAAAAGUUAACCAAUCUUAUUUUGAUAUUAUUUGAGUUAGAAUGAUGAUAAUCUGUAUAAAAAAACUAAACUCGACUCGAACUUUUUCAAGCCUGUGAUUGAAUGAAUUUCAGUAUUUUACCAAAUACUGGCUCGAAUCUUGUAUGAUCUUAAGAAUUAUUUACACAGGCCUUAGUACAACAAAUAAACAUUAUUUUUAGAUUCGUUGAACCACGUUUUGCACUAAGUGCGUUACGUUUUAUUUUCGCUAAUUCCUUGGUCCUAGUUUCAUAUUUCUAAAGAAAUAUUUUUUCAAAAAUCUUUAUCUUUUACGUUCUACUAAAUGAUUUUCAAAAUCUUACUUUAACAUUUUACUUAUGUAAGUAGCUUUCCUUUACAUAAAGCUUUUGUAAGGUGGACUAAUUGUCAAUAUUUAUUAGAAAAGUUGCAGGACCCAAAAGUGUACAACUGUACACGAAUGUAACUUCAUACGCUACGAUAUCUCGUAUACUAGACAUUAUAACACCCUUGUAUCGGAUUCAAUUAAUUUUAUUUCAAUAACAACACUUCAAAACAAAUACAUAAAAAAGGGAAACACAUAGAAAAAAGAGCAGUACAACACAAAAUUCUCUCUUUUUAUAGUUAUAGUUUGUAGAAGAUUCCGAUAAUCGGAAUAACUCAAUUUUGGAUUAUUUUGAGUUGUACCACCCUUCAUCUAGGUGUGCGAAUUAUAGUUGCUGGGAAUAAAUGCAAUGUAAAAUAGGGUAGUUGGCACAAAUAGACAUUAUGAACAACCAGAAUCUUUCGCUUACUUUUUAUACCUUCAAUCCCUACUU